AGCCCUCAGCGCGCGCGCACACACACACACACACAAAAACACACACACACAAGCCUAGUCCUCCAGCAUUAGUGACUGCAUGCGAGUGUGGGACUGACUCUACCCUCCCACGGCCGCUCUGCGCCAACAAGAAGGAGUUUAUUCAACGUCCCGUUGCUGAUUUCUAUUUGUUUGUCACUAACCGCGUAUCUACUCACGUCUUAGGAAUGCCAUGGCUACUCAGAACAACCAGGAUUACUUCAGGUCGGUCAGCAGCGAGUCCACCACAUACAUGAUGGUUCCGGCGAACGGCCGCGGUCGAGACUCGCCGUCAAAGUUAUGGAUCGCGAUGGUGGUGAUCGUGGUGGUCGUGCUGCAGAUCGCUUCGACCACCGGACUCUUUGUCUACUUAAACAUGUCUUUAUCGCAGGGACAGUCAUCAAUUCAACACAUUGACAUGCUGAAAAAGCAAGAAAAGAAGAAAAGAAUUGUUAAAAAUCAGGGGGUUACAGAAGAGCUGCGGUGCUUGGGCUUGCUCAACGCCCUGGAUAAAGACCGGGACAUUCCCGAAGACCUGGCCCAACUGUUUGGUGAACCUUGCAUCAAGCUAGCUGAGGGUAUCAAAGCCUAUAUUUCCAAGGUUACAGACAGUAUCAUCUCCAAACAGGCUUUACACGAAGCAAGAGCCAUGCCCCAUUCAUAUAAUACAUCAGGGUCAAAGUUUAUGACCACAGUGACACAGCGACCAUCAGCCCACCUGACCCUUAGCAGCCUGCCAGGUGGCACUCAAUACUUCACCCCUCAACCAGACCUGCACCAGUCCUGCCACCACCCUGUACGUUCCUGGGCCAACCAGAGCUUCGGCGCCCAUCUGCACAACAUGACGCUGGCCAACGGACGCCUUCGCGUACCCCAGGACGGCCGCUACUACCUGUACUCCCAGGUGUACUUCCGCUACCCCUCUCCCAGUGAGGGCGAUCAGAACAGCGUAAGCCACCAGCUGGUUCAGUGCAUCUAUAAGAAAACCUCCUACCUGAGGCCAAUUCAGCUGCUGAAGGGAGUGGGGACCAAAUGUUGGGCUCCAGACGCAGAAUACGCACUUCACUCGGUGUACCAGGGCGGCCUGUUUGAGCUGCGAGCAGGCGAUGAGAUCUUCGUGUCCGUCUCGUCUCCCACAAUGGUGUACGGCGAGGACUCUUCUAGCUACUUCGGAGCUUUCCGUCUGGACCUGUAAGAACAUAUCAGAGGAGCUAAAACCGGGACUACAUUACCCAUUGGGUGGAUCGUUUCGGGGCUGUGACCCAAAGACUUCAUCGUUCAACUUUCCUUUCUUUAAGACUCUUGAAUAUGUGAAGGAUGUGUGAAUGAGAGACAUUUCGGACAAGGCUGUUUCUCAUUAAAAACAGAGGAAUGUAUGUAUAUUUUUACAUUUCACAUCAAAGAUGUGAAUCUUUGAAACGGUAGCAAAACAGGAGAGACGAACACUCACACAAA